UGGUCACAAAUAAUAGAAGAUAAAAAAUGACGUGAGUGCAAAAAAUAAAGAAAAAGGAAGACGCAAGCACUUGAUUAAACUCAACCGUCCGAUGAACAAGCUGGUUUCCAAUAUUCUAUAAUGGUGGUUGUGGGUUAACUCAAGACAGAGUGGGAUGAGAGAGAUCGAUCCUCCUUUUACUCACAAACAAUUAGAAUUUAGAAAUAGUACAAAACAAUGAGCAGAAGCAGUGGCGGUGUCCCCAUCUCCGUCCUCCUCUUCCUUUACCUCCUCCAAUUUCCCCUCCAAUUCAUUCUAGCUUUUAAUUCCUCCCACAUCUUGCAGGACGUCUUGAAGCAAAUCACGGUCGAGCAGAGGUGGGAUUUGCAGAGCGUUAGGAUUUCCAGAUUGGAUACCGGCAAAGUACGCUUCGGGAGUGCCCAGCGCUACGAAUUCCGGAUCGGAUUCGGCAAGUCCCACGUCGUCGUCUGGUUCCCCGACGACGUCGCUUCUUGGAGAAAGUUCCGCAAACCAAGAACCCAUUUUGCCUCUCUUGUGAAGGAGCUCAGUUCCAUGGCUGCAGUUGACACCUUCAAAGUGGAGGGGCCGUUUGAGUUACGAGUCGGUUCAGACCAUGACCUCUCCCUUUCAUUGCCGAUGAACACUACGUAUAGUAGAGGGUUGAAAAGGGUGCUUGUUGGUGAAGGCAUUACUGUUGAGGUAACGAGGGCAACAGAAGUUUCUGUGUUUCAUGCAUCUGAUCUGGGUGUGGCGAUGAACGGAAGUGAUACUAUUGACAAGGAGAAAAGUGAGUUUUGGCCAUUUGGGCAUUCAUAUUGCGCGCCAUUAGUUCCCAUUCGCGUUGUAGGGCCUGCAUCGUUGGUUGCAUACAGGACUAGAAAUCCUGCUGCUCACAUUGAAACUAAAUUUAUGUCCAAGGAUAUAAUUGAGUUGUUGCCAGAGAAAUGCUUCAGCAGUCAUCGUACAUACAAGAAGCAGAAGCAGUCUUGCCCCAUUGAUUCUUUAAGUUUGAAAAUAUCUAUGCUGGAAAGAAUUUGGAAAGGCUUUCUUGGUGAUAGGAUUCGACAAAAAGGAUUGUCCGGAUUUCUUGAAGCAAAAAUCAAAGCCUCAACUAUUGUUUGGUUCAAGCUUCAGCUGGAAAGGGAUUUUAGGAGGAAGGGGAUACUCCAGCAGGACAUUGCGGGAUGGAGGACCAGGUCAGCUGUGGAAAGGGUUUGGUUUGAAGUUUUGGCGGGAGUUGAAUUAGAGAGGUUGAGGCUGAGGCCUAUCUUGGUUAAAAAGAUAAGGCCAUUCAUUAUAGCAGAUUCAGUUGAAUGGGAUAAUCCUUCGAAUAUUUCCUUUACCAAAUCCCAAUCUAUCCUUGUCGCUCCUGAAGCGCUUACGUUGGAUGUGAAAUGGUAGAGUAAACUUGUUGUAACAUAGUAUUCGUUGUUUGAGGUUGUUUUACAGAUUAAGGUGGCAAAGGCGAUGUUUCUGCCGUCUCCCUUUUUCUUUUCUUGAUGAUGGAUGAAAUAGUACAUGUCAAUAACACUCUGUAUUGGUCUUGUAAGUAAAUGAGAAACAAAAGUUUAUAGAAUCUGGUGACUAGAUGUUGGUUUCA